AAGAACACCUCAUGCCAAAGAUGUCGACGUUGGCAGUCAAGAUAAAACACAACGGCAAGCUGUACGAUGUGUCGCUCGACCCAUCUCAACCUGCGACUGCGUUUAAACAGGCCAUCUACGAACGAACUGGUGUCCCCAUUGACCGGCAAAAAGUUAUGGUCAAGGGCGGAAUGCUCAAGGACGAGAUGGACCUUGCAAAGAUUGGUGCACGCUCAGGCCAGACCUUCAUGGUGAUUGGCUCCGCCGGUGAAUUGCCAAAGGCGCCGACAGGGCCGGUCACUUUCCUGGAAGACAUGACCGAGUCUCAGAUUGCCCAGGCAACGAGAGCAAAAGCCGGGCUUACGAAUCUUGGGAACACUUGCUACCUCAACUCGACGCUCCAAGUACUCCGCUGCAUUCCUGAGCUGCAAGUCGCCUUGAAUGCAUUCGAAGGCAGUAUGGGGAGCAUCGAUAGCGAGGCAAAUAUCACAGCUUCCCUCCGCAACCUCUUCAAGAGCAUGGGCGAGACAAGCGAUGCGUUUCCUCCCUAUGCAUUCCUUACAAUCCUCCGACAAGUAGCACCUCAGUUCGCCGAACAGGUUCAGGGUGGUCACGGCUUCGCGCAGCAGGAUGCGCAGGAAGCUUGGGCGAGGAUUGUCAUGGCCCUUCACGCCUCUCUCAAGGGUCUGUCACCCCCUUCAGCAAGUAACCAAGCGGGGUCGACGGAAGCAGGUGGACGUUUCGUCGAUCAGUAUCUGACCGGCAGAAUGUCGAUCAGACGAUCGUGCCUCGAGGCGCCUGACGAAGAACCAACUAUCACCGAGGAGCCCUUUACACUCCUCCAGUGCAACAUCUCGGUACAGACAAACGAAAUGAUGACAGGCAUCUUGGACUCUCUCAACCAGCAAAUCCAGAAGGAUUCGCCCACAUUGGGACGUAUGGCAAAGUACUCGGAGACUCGCCGAAUCGAUCGGCUACCAGCGUACCUGACCGCCCACUUCGUUCGUUUCUACUGGCGCAGAGACAUUAACAAGAAAACAAAAAUCAUGAGGAAAGUCAAGUUCCCAUUUGACCUCGACGUUACACCUUUCCUCUCCGAAGAGCUCCAGAAGAAAAUUGGGCCGGCCAACGAAAAGGUCAAAAUGAUUGAAAAGGAAAGGGAUGAGCGAGCAAAGAUUCGUCGCAAAAUCAAAGCUCGUCGCGAAGAGGCUUUGCAGGGUGAUACGGUCAAGCCCAGUGAGCAAGUGGGCUUAGCCACGGCCACGUCGGGAGGCAGCGAUGCUCCACGACCGGCGGCCGACAUGGCUGCGGCGGCAGCCGGUGCUGCCCUGACGCACAGUGAAGAAGUGAAGUUGAGGGAAGAGGAGCAACGCCAAGCGCUGGAGGCAAUUGAUCCAGACUUGCGCGGUGACGUGGGCGCAAACACCAACGGCCUCUACGAGCUCGUGGGUAUCGUGACGCACAAGGGCGCUGCCGCGGAAGCCGGUCACUACAUCAGCUGGGUCCGCAAGGAAGACGACGCCACGGACGAGGCUGGCGGACGUGCGACGUUGGAUAAGCCCCCGCAGCAGGAGUGGUAUAAGUUUGAUGACGAAAAGGUCUCUGUCGUCCCCCGCGAGAAGAUCAUGACGCUUGACGGCGGCGGUGAAGACUCGGUUGCCUACAUUCUCCUGUAUCGCUCCAAGAGGAUUGACUAAAGAAGCAUUCUUCUUCUCUGUAGCUCUUGCUGCGUUUUCAGAAUUCCGUAGAAAGGAUAGUCUCGAGAGAGCAUGUCGCGCAAGGGAAAGAAGAAGUCAAUUAUUGGAUGCUGCCACAAAAGAGCAC